CAGGCUAUUAUACAAUGAUUUGAGGCCAUCUCGUGAGCCAAUGUUUGGUUGGUUAUGUCCAAGCUUAGUACGAGAUCACAGUUGCGUACAAAACCAAAAGGAGGUGAAAGAAUAUCUCAAGGAUUCUUUGCAAGCAUGUUCUCGUCUUGGAUAUAAGAUCAUUCUUUUUCCUUACAUUGAAUCGAACCAUUGGACACUGAUUGCAAUAUGUUUGUCACGUAACGAAGUCUACCACUAUGAUUCUUUGCGUAAAGAAACAAUACGGUCCUUACUAGUCAGAUCAUUGUUAAAUAGUGUGAUGAAGGGGGUUAUUGCAUCUGGACUUCGACAACCAAAACCUCCUAUUUGGCAUUUAGUCGAGUGUCCGGUACAAGUAGGUGGACGUCCGUGUGGGUAUUAUGCAUGAGGUUCAUGCUCGAUAUCGUCAACCAUUGCAAAGAUGUUGGUGAUCUUUGAAAGGUAUGUAACUUUUAGGUUUCCAAUUGUUGUUUGUUGUAUUUUCGGCCUAUUUUGGCCUUUUCGCUCCCAAAAUGUAGUUAUGAAGUGAUUUAACCACAAAUUCUCUUUGAACAUGAUUAUAUGAGGCAUAAUAUAACUAUUAUGUAGAUUCUUAGGCUUGCAUAUGUUGUUUGUUGCAUUUCGGCAACGAAAAGGCCAUUUCCGGCCUAUUUUGGCCUUUUCGCUCCCAAAAUGUACUGAUCAAGUGAUUUAACCCCAAAUUUUCUUUGAACAUGAUUAUAUGAGGCAUAAUAUAACUACUAUGUAGAUUAUUAGGCUUGCAUAUGUUGUUGGUUGCAUUUCGGGAACGAAAAGGCCAUUUCCGGCCUAUUUUGGCCUAUUUUGGCCUUUUCGCUCCCAAAAUGUACUUAUGAAGUGAUUUAACCCCAAAUUCUCUUUGAACAUGAUUAUAUGAGGCAUAAUAUAACUAGUAUGUAGAUUCUUAGGCUUCCAUUUAUUGUUGGUUGCAUUUCGGGAACGAAAAGGCCAUUUCCGGCCUAUUUUGGCCUUUUCGCUCCCAAAAUGUACUUAUCAAAUCAUUUAACCCCAAAUUUUCUUUAAACAUGAUUAUAUGAAAUAUAUUAUAACUAGUGUGUAGACUUUUAGGCUUGCAUUUGAUUUUGAUUGAAUUUUCGGAAGGUAUAUGUCAUUUUUAGAAGUACUAACUACGGUAAAAUGAUUGAAUUCUUAUAUAUGUGUUUAUUCCUUGGUUGUUUUGCAUGGUUUAUGCGAAUUCCACACCACGUUUGAGGAACUUCACCAAAGAAGAAAUUGAUGAAGUUCGGGAUAAGUUGGCGUCCCACAUUACCGAUGCUUGCAUAGGAUGAGAUUUAGCUCGAAUGUACUAGUUUCUAUCAAUCCUAUGUACACUUUUUACAUUAUUAAAUAUAUUUGAAGUUAAUUAUUACCUUUCUCCACUUGUCAUAUAUUAUCGUAUUGCAAUUUGCAAUUUUUUU